AUGGAGAUGGCCUCCACUUGCAGCAUAUAUCGUGUCUUACUUGAUGUAGACCGGGAUGUUCCUGACUAUGUUCGUGAUGCAAUCAAACACAUGAAAUUUCUCAAAACAUUUCUUAUGUGUGCAAGAAAGUGGAGCCAAAGCAAUGAUUUGUACUUGGAAUCUGACAAUGUUGUGAAGAAGGUGAGUCUUCCAUCUUUCUUAUCUUGCAUUGAAGAUACCUUUCACAAAUAUGAGGAGGACUUUCAGUACUCUCUUUCCCUUAGAUUAGAAACGGACAAAAAUGACUAUUAUACUGUUAAUCAUGGAGUGUUCCCCGAAAUUGAGAAACAGAUCAAAUCACUGAAGCAAGAAAUCAUCCAAAUUUACUUUGCUUUGGCAAGCAGCAGGUCAAAUUCUUGUAUGACAGAUGAUGAGCUGUUGGAAUUCAUAGACCUCAUCCUCCAAAAUCUAGCAGAUUUGACAAAUUACUAUAUGGAUCGGAAAAUUAGUGAAUCGUAUAUUUCUCCUGCUUUGAGUGCUCAAGUCCAAGCCCUUGAAGCAAAGCUGACAUUCUUGAAAAGCUUCAUUCCCUUUGCCAAAAUGCGAGGAACUGCAGAUAUUCCUGCCUUGCUAUUGGCGCACUUCGAAGUGGUGGCUUUGAACGCGGCACGCCUCUGUUACAUGUGUUCUUAUUGGGAUGAUGCUGAGGAAAUGCACAAUCCUAAGUUCUUCUCCAUGAUAUAUGAACAACAACAGAAGAUCAGGGCUGUUGAUUUUCAUGUCUACGAGACUUAUAUGGAAGUACUUAGAGCUUCAUACUGCCCAGCAUCAUUACGUACACCAAGGGUGCAGGAUAAGCAGAUAUUGAACAACUUCAAUGGUUCUCUUAUAGGUUGUCUCUGGGAGCUGUUAUGCUGCAGCUGUAGCUUUAUGGAUUCUAUGAAAGAUGAAAUGGGAAUACUCUAUGCCGGACUGAGAUUCUUGAGAAGCAUUUUAAGGGAGCAUCAGAAGAAAAUGGAUGAACAAAACGAAAAAAUUGGUGCUCUUCUUAGUGAGGCAGGCAUUAUAAUUUGCUCGCCUUCUCUAAACAGAGUGAAAGAAGGAGAAGUUAGCUUCUCAGAGUCCACAGAUGCCCUUGGCUGUUAUGAUAUGCUGGCUAAUACCAACAUCCAUAUCAAGCAUUUUAAGGAUCAGAUCAGUGGCUCAAGUACUAUAGAGAGUCUUCCUAAUUCCUCUCAUAGCUUAAGAGCACCAGAAGUUAGCAGGACUUCCAGCCGCAUGCUAUCAAAAGGUAAAAUGCCAAUAGCCCAUGAAGUCAUUGUUGGUCUUGAUGAUGAGGCAGCAAAAGUAAUUGACCGACUUGUAAGCGGAUCAAAACAGGUGGAAAUUGUUCCCAUUGUGGGAAUGGCUGGCCUUGGUAAGACAACUUUAGCCAAAAAAGUUUACAAUGAUAGGUCAGUAAUCUGUAACUUCCACAUUCGUCUUUGGUAUACUGUUUCUCAAGAAUUUAACAUGAAAAAUGCGUUGCUUCAAAUUUUGUGCUCUGAUGGCAAACAUUCUAGGAAGGAUGAGUUUCAAAAUCUGGAUGAACAUGCGUUGCUUGAAAAGCUCUAUCAAAGGCUAUUGAAGAAUCGAUAUCUUGUUGUUUUUGAUGAUGUCUGGGACAUUGAGGUAUGGAAUGAGCUGAGAAUUGCAUUCCCCAAUGACAAGAAUGGAAGUAGAAUCAUCUUUACGAGUCGAUUUUCUAAUGUAGCUUCAGAGGUUCAAUAUGGUGGAGAACCUCACUAUCUUCAGCCACUCAGUGAGAAAGAAAGUUUUGAACUACUGCUGAAGAAGGUUUUUGGAAAAGAAGAUUGUCCUCAAGGAUUGCGUGGAAUCGGAAUGCGUAUUGCCAAAAAGUGCAGGGGAUUACCAUUUGCAAUUGUUGUUGUAGCUGGAAUUCUAGCAACUAUAGAGCAUGAUAUUUUGGUUUGGGAAGAAUUUGCUGAAAGUUUAAGUUCGACCACGGUGUCUGGUACAGACCAGUGGAAGAAGUCAUUGGAGCUCAGUUAUGAGCAUUUACCAUAUCACUUGAAGGCAUGCCUGCUGUAUUUUGCAGCAUUUCAAGAAGAUGAAAAAAUUGCUGCCAAGAAUUUGAUGCGUCUCUGGAUUGCAGAAGGGUUUGUGGAAAAAAUUGAAGGAAAGAGAUCAGAGGUCAUUGCAGAAGAAUAUCUGAUGGACCUUAUUGGUCGAAACUUAGUUAUGGUAAGUAAAAGCGGAUGCAUUGGUGGAGUCAAAACUUGUUACAUUCAUGAUUUGAUAUUUGAGUUCUGUAAGGGCGAGGCGAAAGAAAAGAAAUUUCUUCAGGUCCUGCAAGGAUAUGAUGAGCUUUCUACCUUUAUUGAGCCUCCCAACCUACCUCGGUUGUCCAUUCGCUCCAGUGUAGAAGAUUUUAUAAAGUCAAAGCUAUUUUGUCCACAUUUAGGUACUCUGCUACUCUUCCAUGCUACUCCGGGAGAUGAGUUUGAGUUGCGUAACAUCUCCUUCCUUUUUUGCAUCUACAAACAUCUUAAAGUUUUGAAUUUAGAGGGCAUUAACCUAAAGCUGAAGGAGCUUCCAACUGAAGUCGAAUCACUUCUUUGUUUGAGGUACUUAGCCCUUACAGCUUGGCACAUGAAAUUCAUUCCGCCAUCUAUAGCCAAGCUCUCACAUUUGGAAACCUUUUGUCUAUAUUCUCUGGAGCUGGUUUCAUUGCCAGAUAGCAUCUGGAACAUGAAGAAUUUGAGGCAUGUAUGUGUAAGUAGUGCCGUUGUUAUUCGUCUUUCUUCCAAUGACAAUGUUGUUGAAAACCUCUCCACUUUACCCAAUUUAGACAGACUCUCUACUCUGCGUCUUGAUCUUAAUAAAGAGGGAGAGAACAUAUUGAGAAGGAUUCCCAACGUUCGCCGACUUAGAAUUUUCCAAAACAGAGUAUGCUGUAACAUGAGUCGACUAGAAUGCCUAGAGUCACUCACCUUAGGGUGCUACCACUUGUUCGGUUCACGGGAGCAUAUUGAGCUUUCUUUUCCCAAGAAUUUGAAGAAGUUGUCUCUUAAAAAUGUGGGUCUUCCCUGUAGAAAAAUGUCAUUGAUUGAACAACUACCCAAUCUUGAAGUCCUCAAAUUAAGAGCCCAGUCAACGGAGGGCCAAAAAUGGGAGCUGAUGGAAGGAGGAUUCCCUAAACUCAGGGUCUUGACCAUGGAACGUGCAGCGAUUGUUGAGUGGAUAGAGGCAGACCCUGACAGUGAUGAUUACUUCCCGUGCCUUCAGCAAUUAAAACUCCGAAAUUUCUAAUUUGGAAAUGAUGCCUGCUUGUUUAGGGGUAUAUCUACUCUUGAAACAAUUAAGGUGAAUUUUUGCGGAGAUGGCGUCAAAUCUUUAGUACGGGAAAUUGAAGAAGCACAGAAAUAUAAUGGAAAUGAGAAUCUGAAGAUCAUUUAUAAAAAAUAUUGAAGGGCAUCAGCUGGUGCAAUAUCAGGGAGUGCUACGCUAGUUUUUCCUCUUGAGAUUGUAAUUGGUCAUCCGUGUGGUCUGAUUUUCUUUGGUGCUAUUGUAGAAGAUGGAGGUAAAAGUUGGAAAGGAUCGAUGGCUCUUUUCUUAUCAAGAUAUGGUGGAAACAAUGAAUGAGAUUCGUAUAUCGUGCACCAUUUUAUCAAUCUGCACGACAGCAUAGAGGUUAUUCACAUAAUUUGCUGUUGGCGUAUUUUGUGUAAUUUCGUUUUGCUGAAUUUAGUUAUGGUUGUGUGCUAAUUCUUUUCAAACAUGUAUGAAUUUGCUGCAUUGGGACUUGGAAAAUAGGGAUAAUGUACGAAGGUACUGCCACAAAAAGAUUGGUUUUUGACCGGCAAGAAACUCUGUUAUAUUUUUUCA